GAAGAAAGAGAAGAAGCAAGAGAAUGGUCUGCUAAGAGAGACAAAAUUGCACAAACUAUAUGGACUGAUUAUAUGGCUAGAAAUAUUAGGUAGGUUUAGGGCUUAGGGUUAUUGUUUCUAUGUUAUGUAUGUUUUAGUAUUAAAAUUGUUUUUUUUUAUUAAUGUUGGUUGGAUAAUGAUAUUGAAAUUUUAGUUUGUUGGAUUUUGAAAUUAUUAUGUCUUGAAUUUGUUAGAUAUUGAUUAUGUUUUAAGCUUGUUAGAUAUUGAAUUUAUUAUGUUUUAAGCUUGUUGGAUAUUGAAAUGAUUGACAAUGACAAUUAUUAAUAUAGAAUGGGUAAGGGCAACAAAGAAGGGACCUCCAAGCAAUUCAGGUGGACAAAACCGAUGGAACAUGUUUUUCUUGAAAUUCUAGCAGAGGAGGCCCAGAAAGGAAAUAAGCCUUCUAAUACUUUCAAAGCAGUUUCUAUUAAUCGAGUUGUCGAAGCUAUUUCUGAAAGAUUCCAAGUCCAAUGCGAUGCGAAGCAUGUGGAAAAUCAUUUGAGGACUAUAAAAAACCAGUGGCAAAUUAUAAGCAAAAUUCGAGGUGAAAGUGGUUUUGGAUGGGAUGAUAACAUGAAAAUGAUCACAUGUGAUAGAGCGACAUAUGAUGCAGUAGUGAUGGCACACAAGAAGUAUGAACCAUUUUUGAAUAAAAGCAUUGAUCAUUAUGAUGAAAUGGCUUUGGUUGUUGGCAAAGAUAUGGCAAUAGGGAGUUUUGCCAGAACAUUUGCUGACAUAAAUUUGGAUGAUGGUAACCAAGAUUCAGUGCUUUUAGAUUGCGACAAUGAAGAGGCUGAAGAGGUAAGAACAAAUGUAUCUUCAUCUGGCACAUCCAAACAUAAAAGAAAAAAUGUUCAAGAUAGUGUCGUUGAUGAACAAAUUAAAUUUGUGGGUGAACAACUUGGCAAAAUUGCUAUUGCUUUGGAACAAUUUACUGCGGAUAAGACACCACGGCUUUACAAACAAGUGAUGUCGAUGGAGGAAGAAGGAUUUGAUGAUGACUUCUUGUGUUCUGUGUUUGAUUAUCUAAUUCUGGUUAAGUCAAUAGUGGAGCUUCUGUCAAUAAGGCUUUCAACUGAUUGA